AUGUGCGUUUCUUCACGUAGUGUCAAGAAGGUGGCCCUCGUCACGGGAGGAGCCAGCGGCAUUGGGCGAGCGAUCUCAAACCGAUUGGCAAAAGACGGUUUCCAAGUCGCCGUUGCCGACAUCGCCCGAGAAGAGGCCAGUCAGGUCCUGAAAGAGCUGCACGGAGGCCGAAAGCGACACAUAGCCCUCGGCGUCAAUAUCAUCCAUAAAGAAGAGGUAGACAAAGCUUUUAGAAAGGCGAGAGAAGCCUUCGGACAGGUCGACGUUGCCGUUGCUAACGCGGGUAUCACACGAGUUACGGCACUUCUCGAACAAUCGCUAGAGGAAUUCAGAGACGUACAGGACGUCAAUCUGAUGGGCGCUUUACACACCUUUCGAGCAGCUGCGCAGACAUUUAUUGACCAGAAAACGGGAGGAAAAAUCAUUGCAGCGAGCUCCAUAGCAGGCCAUCGUCCGAUCCCCUAUUCGGCCGCCUACAGCAUCUCGAAGUCUGCAAUAGUCGCUCUGACCCAAGCAGCUGCGAUCGAAUGGGCUCAGCAUGGUAUUACCGUCAACGCCUACGCUCCUGGCUUCACUCAGUCCAAGAUGUGGGACGUCAUUGAUCCGGGCUAUGCAGCUUUAGGUCAAAAUGAGCCAGGAAGUGCGCUGAAAAAGUUUGCUUCUGGCCUGUCGGCGAUGCAGCGCCCCGGAACUGCUGAAGAGAUUGCAGGCUUAGUCUCCUUUCUCGCUUCGUCUGACUCCAGCUACGUCACCGGUCAAACCAUUCAUGCAGACGGCGGAACCCACUUCGUGUCGUGA